CGUUAUUUAAAAAAGAAUAGAAAAAGCUUAGUUCUGAGUAGUAGAGAGAAAAUUGAAUGCAAGCCAACAAAACACAUUAACUAACGCACUCUUCCAACUUCUCUCUCAAAUUUAAAACACACUGUCCUUCCUUCUCAAAUAGAGAGAGAGAAGAAUGACUGGUCUGGUAAUGGUAACCAGAGGCGGUGGUUGCGGUGGAGGACCCAAAAGAACAAGACCAACCCCAACACCUGAAGAAGAACAACAGAACCAACUUUCACUUGUAGCGUUACUCUUAGCAGCACUCAGAAAAUCUAUGGUAGCAUGCAGAGUAGAUCGACCUGAUGAAGUCAUCUCCACCGUUCAUCACAUCGACAUGGAGAUCGGAUGGCCAACCGACGUUCAGCAUAUUACUCAUGUUACCUUCGAUCGCUUCAAUGGCUUUCUCGGUCUCCCUGUUGAGUUCGAGGUUCAGAUCCCUGGUCGUGUUCCCAGUGCUAGUGUAAGUGUGUUUGGCGUCUCAGCAGAAUCUAUGCAGUGUACUUAUGAUUCAAAAGGAAACAGUGUCCCCACUAUUCUCAUGCUAAUGCAGGACCGUUUAUAUUCUCAGGGAGGAUUGAAGGCUGAAGGUAUAUUUCGUAUAAACCCAGAAAAUAGUAAAGAGGAGCAUGUGAGGAACCAGUUGAAUUGUGGUAUUGUGCCUGAUGACAUUGAUGUCCACUGCUUGGCGGGACUAAUAAAAGCAUGGUUCCGAGAGCUUCCUUCCGGAGUGCUGGAUGGACUUUCCCCUGAACAAGUUCUUCAGUGCAACACAGAAGAAGAAUCUAUUGAGCUUGUGAAGCAGCUAAAACCAACUGAGUCUGCCUUACUAAGUUGGGCCAUUGAUCUCAUGGCUGAUGUUGUCCAAGAGGAGGAGCAUAACAAAAUGAAUGCAAGAAAUAUUGCGAUGGUUUUUGCUCCAAACAUGACUCAGAUGUCCGAUCCUCUAACUGCUCUAAUGCACGCGGUUCAAGUGAUGAACUUGCUCAAGACAUUGAUAAUGAAAACCCUUAGGGAACGUGAAGAAACUGCAACAGGUGGAUAUUCACCAAUGUCCUUUCGCUCAUCAUGUCGCCAGUCAGAGGAUGAAUACGACAGUCAGCGGGAAACAGAAACUAUUGGCUAUUCACCCAUGUCGAUUCGCUCAUCAUAUCAUUCUGAGGAUGAAUACGACAGUCAACGUGAAAUGAACGCAAGCGGUGAAUUGAGAAGGACAAAAUCAGAUUUUGACAAUCACACUCAUUACCGAAAUAGCAGCAAAGAAGAAUUGGAGGCUGAAUCUCUGAGCGAGAUAGAAGAAUGCUUCUUAAAACAGUUGGAUGACAGCACCCCCAAAGAAUUACCAGAAGAACCUGCAGAUUAUUUGCAAGAAUAUCCAAACUCCAAAAGUUGCUGUGGCUAUAAUGUGGAACCUGAUGUAUUGAUCACUGAUAGCAAAAGUGCAAAUUUCUGCUUGAGUUCCGAUAGAGAAAAGUUAAAAGCGGACACAGCUAUUCCAUUACAAGGAUGGAGAGACACCGAAGAAGUGGAGAUGAUUGAUAAAUUUACAGAUUCUGUUUCGCCGGUGUCGCUGCUUGCAUCCAGCUAAGAACUGGUUUUCUUUUUCGGUAGUUUUUAAGUACCUUGUUUCAGAUUUUGUCUGUACAAGCUUGUGUAAAUUGUUGGUACAUGAAGUAGGAACUGUUUUGCUUAUUAUUGGGGGCAGAUUAUGUUCAGUUUAGGGCUGAAUUUGAUCUGGUUCUGUGUAUGUUUGUGUACCGAACAACUCUAACCAUGACAAAUGGGGUUAGCUAUUGGCUUAGGAGUGGCCACAUUUUCAAAUUUGAGGUAGGUGAAAGUUGUAAGCAAUAGGGAGAUUGAUUUAUUUAGCAUGAAGAUGAUAUUUUCUAUUUAUCUUGUUUAUGAUCAUAAUUUGAUUGGUUCCAUAUUUUCAC